AUGCCAGUGUCCGGCAGGACAGUGACGGGACAGAGCGGGAGCGCAAGGCUGUCGCAGACCCCUGAGCGCAGGCCACGUUGUUCCCCGCUGCCCCAGCAGCCCUGCGGUGCCGAGACACUUCUUGGAACAUUCUUCGUUCCCCGCGCUACACCUUUGCCUUGUCUGAUGAGGAUGGCGGAGGGACACGCUGCAUCCAUGCAGUUCAUCCAGGCUUUUCUGGAGAGCUCAGUGAAGGAGGAGGCUCAGAAGAUUCGGUUCCUGCAGACCGUCUCCACCCUGAGCAAGGAUGCCAGAGAUGAGGGCUUCACACAAGAACUGAAGGAGUUCUACCACCGAUUUCAGGUGGCAAAGAACAUCGAGGCGCUGGUGGAAGAGGAGCCCGUGGACCACCUGCACACGGCCGUGCGGCAGCAAGCCAUGCUUGCCCUCGCCCAUAUGAGCAAAGUGGAGAUGGCACUGGGGGGCAAGAAGAAAAGCCUUUUAGAGGCCUGUUUCAGGAGUGUCUUCUUCCUUCCUCCUAAAACAGACAUGCAGGGCCUAGACAAUUUCCUCUACUUUAAGACCCUGGAUGCCAUGGACAUCCUGCUUAAGAGCUUGGUGCUCAGCUCCCCUGGCUGCAAGGACCUGAGGAUUAUCUUGCAGAUGCUGCUGCCUUUCACUCAACAUCAAGCACCCAGCUGUGUGUGAACGGGCCGUGGCAAGGAUCGCAAAGCUGGCUGAUUUGAUGGCCAGCUCUUCCUCAGUGCAG